CACUGCAAAUCAGCUCGUGACUUCGAGACGGUCAGUUCGCUCGGUUUUCAGUGCAGUGCGCGCUCUCGUUUUCCUCAGUUCGACGGUUUCAGUACGGUGCAGGGAAAAAGUCCUCCUACACGAUGGCCAGCAACACCCAGGGCAUCCAGCAGCUGCUGGCCGCGGAAAAGAAGGCCGCCGAUAAGGUGGGCGAAGCGCGCAAACGCAAGGCACGUCGUCUGAAGCAGGCCAAGGAUGAGGCCACGGAGGAAAUUGAAAAGUACCGCGCGGAGCGUGAUCGCACCUUCAAGGAGUUCGAAGCUAAGCACGUUGGAUCACGUGAAGGCGUUUCGAACAAGAUCGAUGCCGACACCCGGGCUCGCAUCGACGAGAUGAACCGUGCGCUGGGCACCCAAAAGGAACCGGUCAUCCUGGAUGUGCUGUCGUUCGUGUACGCUAUCAAGACGGAGGUGCACAAGAACUACCGCCAGUAACCGGGAUCUCCGGAAGGUGGUGGAAGCCCAUCGUCAUAACCCGUGCGAGCACCCGGUUUCCAGCGCACCGGUUCUGCGAGCUGAUUUUCUAACGAACAUUCCGACGAACAUGUUUGACGUAGCUUCUCCGCAAUCCAUGUGGGAACCACGCAACAGUUGGUAGCGUUGAUUCACACCUUUUUUGUUUGAUCCUUCACACAGUUCCACGAUUCGUGUAUCACAUUUUCUUUUUGUUGCCGGAUGGGUCCGCCGUCGAGUACUGUCGGUCGUUAUCAUCCUACCAAGCCCAAUGGAUGUUCAAAGUGGUUUACUGUAUUUUAAUGUGCUAAUGUAAGAUUAUGUAAAAAAGGAAACGCUCUAGGUUAUGCAUAAUAAAGUAUGUGUUAAGUAAAAACGCA